UGCGGCUCGUCUUGGCGGCGGCGGGCACUUCGGCGGCGGCAGCGCGGGCCCCAGCAGUCUCGGCAGCCACAGCCGCUGCGGCCCGGACAGCCUCCGCCGCGGUCGCCGCUUCUGAUGCGCCUGCCCGCUCCCGGCCCCGCGGCUCCGGGAGGAUGUGGGUCCUCGGCAUCGCGGCAACUUUUUGCGGACUGUUCUUGCUUCAAGGCUUUGCGUUGCAAAUCCAGUGCUACCAGUGUGAAGAAUUCCAACUGAAUAACGACUGCUCCUCCCCCGAGUUCAUCGUGAAUUGCACGGUGAACGUUCAAGACAUGUGUCAGAAAGAAGUGAUGGAGCAAAGCGCAGGAAUCAUGUACCGCAAGUCGUGCGCGUCGUCGGCCGCCUGCCUCAUCGCCUCGGCUGGGUACCAAUCCUUCUGCUCCCCGGGGAGAGUGAAUUCCGUGUGCAUCAGCUGCUGUAACACCCCUCUUUGCAACGGGCCCCGGCCCAAGAAAAGGAGCGGCUCUGCCCCUGCCCUUCGGCCGGGGCUCCCCGGCACCCUCGUGCUCCUCACAUUCGGCCGUUUCUUGGCACACUGCUGAAGCUGAAGGAGAUACCA